AUGCGCUUUCACCAACAGUAUGUAUCAUUGUUAGACCUCGAUAUCAGCUCUAUCCAGGGAACCGAAGCAGAGAAUGUGGACCCCAAGACUAUCAACGAUAGUACUCCUGACAAAAACUCCGAUGAAACCUUUGACACCCUUCUUACCAAACUUCAAACUGGCAUUGAUAUCCAGUCUCAGUCUGUCAAAACCGCCGAUGCUAAGGCGAAGGCCAUUAGUGACGGUAUACCCUCUUCGUUCAAGACCAUUGAAGAUCCCACAAAUGCCGUUGAAUACGCCAAAGCCAAUCUUGGGGAUGCUGAGUUUAUUCUCACCUUCAUUGCUGAGGCUCUUUUCCGUGUGAACAAAACGGUCGCGGACAUACCCCGUAUCAAGGAGAACCUGGAAUUUACCGAGAAAGUUCCCAAGGAGUACCCCGAGAAAUACGGCGCGCUCAUCCACAGCAUUGACCAGCUAAGUGAGGAUGUCCAUAAGCUGAAGACUCUCUUGGCAGACACUAUGACACAAUUGAUUGGCAACAAGGAAAUCCUGAUUGCAAUGAUCAAGAAACACCUGCCAUCCUGGGAGGAUAAACAGACUUCCCCAGUCAAAGAUGCAAAGAGCGCUUUCGCUGCUGAGGAUGAAAAGAAAGACUCAAUCCAGGGCCCUGCAGUUUCCCCUAUCAGGGAAGAAUGA